AUGGCUUCACAGAAGACUCUUCUUUUGCUCGUCGUUCUAGUCAGCGCUGCAUUUGCAGCACGUCAAGCGUCUGAUGUGAGAAGAGGUAAAGGUCAAGGUAAACCAAAACAAAACCAACGAGUCGGUGGAUGGACCUCGGUUGACCAAAAUGAUGAAACCGUUCAACAACUAGCGCAAUUCGCCGCUGGACAGAUUUGCUCCAAUUACGUCGUAGAUGCUGUAGAAAAAGCUGAAAAACAAGUUGUUGCAGGUAUGAACCAUCGCAUGGAUAUCCUAGUUUCCAAGGCAUGGAAAUGCAAAGUAGAAGUGUUUGAGCAGACCUGGACGAAUACGAAGAGGUUGACGUCGUUUGCCUGCAAAUCCGUACCGUAACUGGAUGACGUCGGAAUUGGUUCAUUGUAGUUUGUAUGACUAUAUAUCAAGUAUAAACCUUUCCCUUUGAUUUCUUGCCUUUCACCGACAUUAUUUGUUAUAGAAAUGUUCAAUGUUCUAUUGUUUAUAUAUUUUUGUUUUGGUAUUGGUUUGUCGCUUGUUUAUAGACAUGAAAAGUAAUGUUGAUGUUGCAUUAAUAUGUGCACUGGUUUGUUUUAUUUAAUAUUUAGGUCUUAUAUUCUUUCAUAAAUCGCUGGAUUGUUCAUUAACACUAAUAAUGUGUUGCUGCAAUAAAAUUUAAACGUCAUAGUCCUUAAUAAUUCAAAUGUUUUGUCUAAAAGUAUUUAUUAAUUAUUGCGAUCUGAUUAAUUGUUCAAUAAAUAUCGGCCUAAG